CAGUGAGCAGGCGCAGCGUCGGUGUGUGUGCUGUCAUCGCGGUGGACGAUAGAGGAAACUGUGCCCAGCAUCGCGCAGCCUGGCCGUGCUUCAAUAUGUCAGAGGACACCGGUUCCUGCUGAGCGUUUCCUGUGCGGUCAGCUCCCUCCGCAGCCACAGUCCGCACCGUCACACCCCUGUUCCCCCCAGGACAACACCUCCGAGGAUGGACGACUGUUCCGAGCAAACGCCGCUGUUUACCUUCGGAGUGAUCGCUGACAUUCAGUACGCGGACCUCGACGACGGAUACAACUACAGCCGGACGAGGAGGCGGUACUACCGGAGCAGCCUCCAGCUGCUGAGGAACGCCCAGGAAAGUUGGUCAGAGUCGGCCGUCAGACCCAAGUUCAUCCUCCAGCUGGGAGACGUUAUCGACGGCUUCAACAAGGGCCGCGGCGCCUCCGACCGAGCGCUGGACGCCGUGCUGGGCGAGCUGAGCCGCGGCCCGGUGGAGGUGCACCAUGUGUGGGGCAACCACGAGUUCUACAACUUCAGCAGGAGCGCGCUGCUGCGGUCCGAGCUCAACAGCGCGCCGAGCACGGACGGCAGCCCGAGUGGAGGCCGGGCUGCCGGGGACAUCUACGCCUACCACUUCAGCCCGUGCCCCGGCUUCACGUUCGUCGUGCUGGACGCCUAUGACGUGAGCCUGCUGGGCAGAGAGGAGUCCAGCGUGGAGUACCAGGAGGCCCUGAGCACGAUCCGGCAGUACAACAACAACGAGGACCUCAACUGUCCCCCAGACACAGUGGGCGUGCUUCGCAGGUUCACCAUGUUCAACGGCGGGUUCAGCAAGGACCAGCUGGACUGGCUGGAUUCUGUUCUGUCCUCGGCCGACGAGAAGCAGGAGAAGGUCACAAUCGUCAGUCACCUCCCUGUACACCCCUACUCCACAGGCCUCAUCUGCCUUGCCUGGAACUACGACGAGCUCCUGGCCAUCAUCCGGUCCCACAGCAGUGUGGUGUGUUUCAUGGCAGGACACGACCACGAUGGUGGAUACCAUCAGGAUAUAAACACGGGGGUGCACCACUUGACAUUGGAGGGGGUGAUUGAGACUCCGCCUGAUGACAAUGCCUUUGGCACGGUCUCCGUGUACGAGAACAGGAUGGUGCUGAAAGGGAAUGGCAGGAUCAGAGAUCGAGUGCUUCUCUUUCCAGGGCACCAAAGUGAUGCAGAUCACGGGGCAAAAUGACCCAUACUGUAAUCAAGGUUUUUGGAAAAUCUUGUAAAAUCUUGGGAAAUGUAGACGAUGUCUGUGACAUUAUCAAAGAAAAGUCAGGGAACUGAAGGAGUCACUUAAAAAUAUAAAUGCUUUUAUCUCCUGUCCCAUAGCAGAGGGCUAACAUUUACAAAUUAGAGAGAAAUGAAAUGAUGAUAAUGGAAGCCCUCAAGCAAUGGAUAUAGUUUAACUUUAGAUUAUUUUAUUGAGAUUUAAAACAACAUUAUGUAGUAGUUUAUUGUGUGAUUUGGCACCCCGCCCCUACCAUUUCUGAGUACAACUGUCCCAGGUUUCUUCAACAAACAGUUACAAAACAGUUAACUAUUUUAUAAUGUAACAUGUGCUAGUUACAAACUAAACGCGGCACAAUAACGAACGUUAAAUCUUGAGCAGUCAAAGUUUGCACACAGAUCAGAACUGUUACGCACUCCAAGCUAAUGUAACCUGUAACCAGAGACAGUAACACCUGGCUGUCACAUGCUACUGGCUGAGGUGUCCUCUCACUCGGUCGCUGUCUCUUUUUCUUGAUCUCCUGCCUGGCCUCUUGAUCAGUCAGUGUCAACUGUUAGUUUUCUCUGAUGACGUCCUCUUCAGCCUCUUUACCUCUGUCUCGAUGUCUGUAGAGGCUGCUCAGCCUGGUUCUGUUGCUGUGACGGUGCCGGAGGACAUCAGAGGGGAAAAGCGUAUAAUAUGUGAUCCGUAACAUAUGUUCCAGUUUCACCAAAGUCAGUGACAGUUAGCGUUGUGUGUCACUUUAACGUUAAAGUUAUUUUGUGGCUUUGUUUUAAGACAAAAAUAGUUGGCUACUGUUGCUUUAAAUGCCACGGUGUACAUUUUGUAAAAGGUGAAGUGCAGAAAGUUAUUACAAACACACUUGCAUACAGUCUGGUCUGUGUUUUUAGAUGCAAGUCCACUUACCUCAGAAGAACAAAUGCAGUACCUCCAAUAUUCUACUGCACUUAAAUUACUUUUUUUCUGUUUUGGGUUGUUUUUUUUUUGUGUGAAAUACAUCUUAUACUUAUUGUUUGUGUUUUAAUCUGGGGACAAAUCAUAUAAUUUGUAUAUUUAAAUGCACAUAUUUUAAGAAUCAAGGGAUUUUUAUUGCAGUUGGUGCCUUUAUUGCAUGUUGCACAUUGCACAUAAACUGAUUCUCUGAUGCACAUGUUUUCUGAACGAUGUGUUGUGCAAUAUAGUAAGAUAUUUGAUGACAACAGUGGAAGUGUAACCGAUGUACUGACCCGUUUCCAGGUGAUAAGAUCAGCUGAAGAUGAGUGUAUGAUGAACAAUGUAAAACAAUAUGAGGAAUAAACAUCUUUAUAACAGCA